AUGCCUCACAGUCAUCUUCCCCUAUUUUCCCCGACGACUAUAUUGUGGAAAUUAUAUCUCAUCUCUCACUCCUCUUCACUAUCUAUUGCUUUAAUUGUCAUCUAUGUGCCUUUACCAUCUAUAAGAGUUAUUUUCAAUGUUUUAUCUUUGGGUUUUCUAGGGUCUUUUCAAGAGAAAAGCCUGUGCCAUUGGUCUGGAGACGGUGCUGCAGCUAGCUUCAACUUCGAAGAAUUUCUAUUUGAACUGCUUAUGUCACUAAGUGCUGAUUCGGAAGUAGUUUAG